AUGGUCGGGCUGGUCAACCCGGACGACCUCCAGCUGGGCUCUACGGAGAGGAAGCUCGUCCAGGCGUACAACGAGAAGCCAGUCCUCUCGCGGCCCCAGCACAGCUUCUACGAGGGAGAGGACUACCUUGAGGUGGACCUUGACAUCCACCGGUUCAGCUACAUUGCUAGGAAGGGGCUGGACUCGUUCAGGGCACGCCUCAAGGACGACAUCCUCGAUCUGGGGUUAACGAUCCAGGCCCAGAAGCAGUCGAAGCUCCCUGAGCAGGUCCUCUGCUGCGUCAGGCUGAACAAGAUCGAUUUCACUGACCAAGAAGUUCCAACAAUAGUCACCGUUGAUGCUGAAGUGCCAGAGGUGACCCUUUUGCGGGGAUGA